AUGAGCAAAUCUAUAGCGUGUCAUGUGAGAGUCAGGCCAGGGAAGGAGGCGGAUGGCAAGAUGAAUGAAGAAGGGAUCGUCAUUGAGGGAAACAAGAUCUCGGCGAUGAAUGGACAAGGAGACAAAAGGUACCAUUUCGAGUUUGAAAAGUGCCAUGCAGCGAACAGCACUCAAGAUGAUGUAUUUGAUCAUGUCAAGCCUUUGCUGGAUCGGGCUUGGAAAGGAGUGAACACCACCAUCUUUGCGUACGGAGUCACAGGAGCGGGAAAGACGCACACUAUGCAAGGGACCAAACAAGACCCAGGAUUGAUUCCAAGAGCCGUCAACGCUAUACUAAUCCGCCAAGCUGAACUUUCCACCUCGACUGUCAAAGUCUCCAUGUCCUACGUCGAAAUCCUCAAAGACGAAGUCUACGAUCUCCUCGGCUCGGCCAACGAACCCCGAAAGCGUGACAUCCGCGCGAGCACUGGCGGCCAGAACAUCGUAGCGGAUCUGAUCUAUCAGCCCAUCACUUCAUGGGAGCAGUUUGAAGUAGACUACGAUGUCGCGUCAAAAUCUCGGAAGACGGCCUCUACCAAGCUCAACUCGAGCUCUUCCCGAUCCCACGCCAUUCUGACAAUUUACUUGCAUGUGGUCGAUGAGGCUGGCAAUGUCACUGACGGUAAGAUUUGCCUUACUGACUUGGCUGGGUCCGAAAACAACAACUUGACGGGCAACGACAAGGAGCGAAUGAGGGAGAGCUCUGCCAUCAACACUUCUCUGACGACUCUGGGAAAGGUUGUCGAUGCGCUGAACGUUGUGCAACAAAAGGGUGGCGAUGCUUCUGGGGUCUUUAUCCCUUACCGCGAAUCCAAGCUUACUCGUCUCCUACAAGAUGCGCUCGGUGGAACGUCCCAAGGACUAUUGAUCUGCUGCCUUGCCCCCGGCGAGAAAUUUGCGAGGGAUACGAUCAACACCCUGCAGUUUGGCAAAAAGUCCAAGGCAGUGGAGAACCGCCUCAACGACAACCGACGCGACUCUCGCAGACUCUCUGCCCUCCCCACCAGACCCCGAGCUUCCCUCCGAGUCCACACCGAUGCGUCCACCGCCCCUACCAUUGGUCGACCAUCUUUGGGGCGUCCCGCUCUGGCGCCGAUUGCAGCCAAUACGAGGCAGGUGAAGGCCCACCCCAGAGCGAGUAUGGCUGGAAGUGUUGGGAAAAAGGCGGCACUUGACUUGAAGGAGAAUGUGGGGCUGAGUAUGACUGAGGAGCAGCUGGAGAAACGAAUCCAAAAGAUUGUUACUCAAGAGAUGGCUAACGCUAGGGAGAAGGAGCGUCCUGUCGAAGCACCUCUAAAACCCGUUGUUGAGCAUCCAUUCGGAGAGGCCGUGGGCAUGAGUGACGAAGAGAAAGAUACAAGGGCAAAGGUUAUCGUGAAGCAUGCCAGGUCCUUGCAGCAGUCCGGCAACCUGGAAGGCGCUCUAGACCUCUACAAGAAAGCCUACGACUAUGUCCCGGGUAACCAGAAACUCGCCACGCGUAUCGCGGAAAUACAGCUUUCCCUCGAAGGCAUCCUCCCUCCCCCCGAACUCUCUGGCCGCUCCCGGCACCACGACAAAUCCACAACCUCUUCCAAAGCGCCUCUCAAACGCAGCCGUGCCCCGGCUGGAUCUACAUCGCUUGCAGAGCUUUCCUAUGAGGCGGAGGACGAGAGCGAUGUGGGGGUGUCGGUGAAGAAGAUGAAGAAUAAUGACUUUACGGCAAUUUUCAUGACCUCGCCUCCUUUUUGA